AUAAUUAUACAAAAAUGAAGCUUAAAUUAAAGAAAAAGAUUAAUUAAAGGUAUACAUGGACACUUUGUUGGGCAGUCAAGCCCUUCGUCAUCAACUCAGCGCGGAUUCCGGUGAACCACCGAACUUCUCACCGGAGCAGCUGCAGUGGAAUCAUGGAAUCGGCCCGGAGUCUGACCGUGACUCGGCGCCGACAGACGCUGGUCGAGCAGCAGGCUUUCAAUAUCUAAAACUUAAAAGGCCGCCUUCCACGAAAUCCCUCUCAUCUCUAAAUCGCUCAUGCACUCGCCAUAAACCCUAGAUUCUUCUCCUUCUCUUCUUUUUUUUUUUGUCGAUUUGAGUUUAGGAUUCAAUUGUUCUAUGUGUAUAUAAGUUGGAACUUCAUGUCGAGUACUUGACCAGAGGUUCAAAGCUACGUCGAUUUCUAGCUUUGGUGAUGCUCUAAUUAUUAGAUUUUUACCGAUUCUCACUUGAAUUCGUGUUGAAAUGAUGUUUUAUCCAGUUGGAAUUGGCUUUGCGUGAGGAAUUUAGAAAAUGAGAGUGUUCGUGGAUGAUGAAUUGGAAGAUAAUGCUAGCUCUUGAAUUUCUAAAUCGUAUGCUUCUCGUUAUGUCCUUUUCUUCUUGGGCAAUGCCUCUUAAACUCGUAAUAUGUUAAUUAGUUACACCUUGUGUGGGUUGGCUGCUAUGAUUCUGAACAAUGAGAUGCUGGAGAAGACUCCAAUCUAUAAAGCCAAUAAAUUGUUGCAUCAUAAGAUGUAGCAGAAGGAGAAGGUAGUUUGGAUUUAUUUCAUCUCACAGUGACUGCCCAUUUUCAUCAGGGUUGUAGGCAAAUACUAUGAAAUAUGGUGCUCUGAUUUGUUUGAUUCCCUUCAAUUCAUGAUCUGGACGUUCAAUCAAAUUUAUCUUGUUUG